AUGAGCGUUCAUGGUGCUUGGAUCUCGCCAGGAGAAUCAUUUGCAAAAGCUUUUCGUUUGACGCGUUCGACGCGUUCGACGCGUUCGACGCGCUCCGCACUGGUUCGGCAAGUCUUCUCCCAACUGCCCAGCGAUCCCAAGUUGUUGACGCAAAUCCUGAAAAGCCUUGGAGAGCGGAGAGCCCGCGAAGAUGUGAUCUUCUUUGUGGAGGUCGUCCAGAGCCACGAAUGGAGCCUCACUGCACCACAGAAUACCCUGCUUAUUUCAGCAUGCCAAAGGUCAAGGCUAUGGCAACAAGCCCUGGACUUGUUUCACACCAUGCCGCAGAGAAACGUGACUCCAAACACCAUCAACUUCAAUGCAACCAUCAGCAGCUGCAGCAGCGCAUCACAGUGGCCUUGGGCAUUGCAUUUGUUUCAUGCCAUGCCCACAGUGAAGGCGUCCAGAGAUGUCAUCAGUUACAACGCAACCAUCACAUCGUUUGAGAAAGCUGCCCGGUGGCAGGAUGCAGUGCAACUUUUUCAGGAGAUUCCCACAGCUAGACUUUGCCCAAGUUUGGUUAGCUUCAACUCGCUCAUUUCUUGUCUGGAGAAGGCUGGACAGUGGCAACUCGCUGUGCUAACUCUGCUGGGCAUGGCUGAUCCAAACAAUGAUGAACCUGCCACGGCUGCCACGGCUGCCGCUUCGACAGUGCCAUGUGUUCCCGAUCUUUUGACCUUCAACGCAGCCAUCAGCUCUUGCGAAAAGGGCGCACAGUGGCAAUGGGCGAUACAGAUCUUUGAUAUGAUGUGUCUGUGUCAGUUGAGGAUCGCUCCUGAUGCCAUCAGUUUCAAUGCAUUGAUUAGCUCAUUGGAGAAGUGUGCACAAUGGCAGGGUUCUUUGGCCCUACUUCAAGCCAUGCCGGAAUUGGAGGUGCGUCCAAACACCACUAGCUUCAAUGCCACGAUCAGCUCUUAUGAGAAAGCAGGACAAUGGCAAAGGUCACUCCAUACCUUGACCGCCAUGACAGCCAGUUCCGUGCAGCGAGACGGAAUCACCUUCAACGCGGCCAUGAGUUCCUGCGAAAAGGCCACGCAAUGGCCACGCGCAUUGUGGCUGUUUGAAGACAUGCGGCAAGCUUUCUUGCAGCCCACCUCAGUGAGCUUCAAUACGGCGGUCAGUGCUUGUGGAAGAGUUUCACAGUGGCAGCGGGUCCUGCAAAUAUUUCAAGCAAUGGCUCAGGCCAAGGUGUCUCCUGAUAAUAUUACCUUGGUUGCUGUCAUGAGUGCGUGCGGGAGGGCAGCAGAAUGGCAGCAGUCCUUGAGGAUCUUCGAGAUGAUGUUGGAGAAAAAGGUAGGCACAGUGCAGGAUUUUCAGACUGUUUGA